GUACUCAUCUGGAAAAUUUGUAGCGAGUUUGAAGUUUGCAUGGAUUUUAUCAAUCAAAGUAUUGCAGCUAGGAUAGUCAUUAUCAUUAGGAUGACUCUGAGGAUAGUGCUGAUAAAGAUUUGACUGUUGUGAACUUUUCUCACACAAAAACUAGUAGAUUCUGGACAUCAGCAAUAGAUUUUCAGAAAUAGUUUGAUAAUUUCUUAAUAAUUACCUUAAUUGUAUAGAAAUCAUGGAAAAUGAAAACCAACAGGAGAUUCUUGCUGAUGCCCAAAAGGGGAAUACUAAGGUCCAAGUAGGGAUGAUAGAGUCUAACAAGGAGCAGGCUAUUAUUGGAACCCCAGUGAGGAAGGAAAGCCUUCCUGAUCUUCUAUUCAAAGAAGAAAAGCUUCUUCCUGAAGAGAGAGUCUUUAUCAAUGUUUACAUGACUCACUUUUUACUGAUGUAUAGAGAUGGAGAUACUGAGUCACCGAUCGAGCUUCCUCCUGGCAUCCCUCACACUACUAGAAUGAUGCUUCAUUACAUUGCAGACACUCUUGAGCUCGGUUCCUUUGCUAGAGGUAGCAAGAAGGGUGGGAAGAGAAGACUGCUUAUCGGCCCAACGAGUCUUGCAAAAGAGAGAUUUGAAAAAGCAAAAAAAGGAAGAGACACACUUAUCUGGAGUGCUAUCAAACGCAAUAAGUUAAACUCUUGCGAACCUCUAGAAGCCAUCAUCCAACGGGAAUCUCAUGAAAUCGCUGAAGAGCAGGAGAAAAACGCCUCAAAUGGGUUGAACUUUCAGCAAUCUUGGGCAAAGCUCUGAGAAGGUAAGACUCAAGAGGGUGCUUCUGAAGAGAACAAAGAUGUUCAGAGUCUUCAAGAUGGUAAGGACUGGAGUCUUUCAACUGAUGAUUUCAAUAUUUACAUAAGUGGAGAGAACAAAGAUGUGAUCAACAGAGAUGCCUUUGACGACACUGACCAAACACAUUAUGAUGAAGACCCGGUUGACGAGGAAAUGGAAUCUGAAGAAUCAUCAUUUGAUGAUCAAUUUGAGGAACAAAAGACUAAUAAUAUCGAAAACAAAGGGAUCGAAAAUAUCACUUUAGAGAAUUUUCAAGCGAGGCCUGACAAAAUAAUCGAACUUUGGGCAGCUAAAGUAACAGACCAAUCUGCUGAAAUUGCUUGGGAAAUCCCUGACUGUAAUAACUCUGAGAUUACAGAAUACACAAUCAAGACUAAGGAGCUCAGCAAGGAUACCAGGUCGCUUACUUUUCAAUCAGUGCAUCGAGCAAUUGAUAAUUCUGUAACCAUAGAGGAUCUUUUACCAGAGACUUGGUAUCUUAUUGAUAUCAGAGCUGUAAAUGAGUAUGGAUACUGCCCAACCAGUUCAAAAAUGUUAGCUGUGAGAACCCUUCCUCUGGAGAAAGGAAGUCUUUAUGCAUGGGGUAGCAACAAAAAUGAUGAGCUGGGUCUUAGCGAAGAAGAUACGAAAAGUCCAUAUUUUAACAAAGCUAAGUCCGUUGCAAUGGGACCGAUUUGAGUAAAUGCCUUUAAAAACUUUGCAACUGAUGUGUCAUCAUCAGAUGCAAUCACUCUCACAACUAUCUCAAGCCCGACUCCGCUCAAUCUGAUUCAAGCUGGUGUGACCUUUGAUUUGGAAGACGAUGAGCCGACUAUUGUGCAUUCUAAAGAGGAAGCUUUUAGACAAAUAUUCUCUUUGCCCUUCUGCCAACCUAUUAAGAUCUCUAAAGAUAUUUUUGAACAAGUUGUGAAAGUAGAAUGAGGAAUGAACUUUGCAGUUGCUCUUACAACUAGUGGAAAAGUCUAUUCUUGGGGAAUCUCUGGGUCUGGUCAGCUUGGCCAAGAGAAUAACCCAGAGAAGGACUCGAAUAACUCCUCUGAGAUAACAGCAGUCAGAAGGCCUCUUAUGAUAAAGGAUCUUAACUGGGAUGAUGACUUUGUAAUGGAUGUUGCGGUGGGAUUCACCCAUUGCAUUGCUCUUACAUAUAAGAGAAGGGUGUUCAUCUGGGGUGAGAGCUGUGACUUCCCUCAUCAUAAGAUUUCAGAUGUAUCUCACGAUCUUUACACAAGCUCAGCCCUCUACCCUCGAGAGAUCAAGACUAUGAUUGCAGAUUAUGAGCCGAUGCAAGUCUUUGCAGGAACUCUUUUUAGUGGAAUCCUUACUACAGACGGAAAGUUGCUGACCUUUGGCAUCGGAAACUCAGGCCAGCUUGGCCAUUUGGAUAAGGCAGAUUCUGAUGGCAAAGAAUUCGGGUUUCUUUAUAUUCCGAAGAGAGUAGAUGCACUCGAUGACUACUUCAUCGAGAACGUCUCUUUUGGUGGUUGUCAUGUGCUUGUCACAGCUAGGAAGAAACUAAUGAUUAAUGAAACUGAUUUCAAAAUCGAAGGGCCUUGUCAGACUUUUGCAUGGGGCUCGAAUGUUCAAGGCCAAUGUGCUUGUGGAGCAGACCAACAGAUUUCUCUUCCAAAGAAAUUAGAUGUGUUUGACAGCAAAGAGGUCCUCCAAAUCUCAGCAGGCAUCGACCACUCCUUGUUCCUGGUCCAAGAGGAGGAUGGCUCAACAGCAGUUUAUUCAUGAGGAAAUGCAGUAGAUGGGGCUUGUGGAGUGAGCAAAUCUCUAACAGGAAAAUUUUCCUCUCCAAAACAUAUCAAAACUCUUGACAAGAAGAGAAAGCUCACUGUAAAGAAAGGAUUAGGAAAGGUGAUCAAGAUCAAGGCUGGCUCCAAAACCUCCUUUGCUAUUAUUGAGUCUGAGUAG